CAUGCGUCAGAGAUGGCUGUGCAAUUCUUCAAUGACACGCGGUAUUAUAGCUUUAGUGUAAAACUCCAGUUAUCAGAAUGUGAAAACGCAGCGAAACCUGUAGAAAAUACCAAGAAUAUUGAUUCUGAAUGGAUAAAUCUCGGGGUAGAGCUUUCCUCAUGGGUGAGGAAAAACAUUCUUUAUACGGAGAAAGUGAAAGUUGAUACCUCAUGUUCGCAGAUCAGCAGCUUUGAAGGCGAGUUGGACAUACACAGUGGAUUAAUUCUUGCAUGUAUUUUUGUAAUUUUCAUCACGUUAGUGGUUCCUUUAACUUUCGUCAAAAUUUUUGAUUUCUUCGAAAAGAAGUCAGGGAAAUUUUUACCAGAACAGAUUACUAAUACAGAUGAUACCUUUUCUGAAGACUCGGAUGCUAUUGAAAACAAAGAAACUGCUGUAACAAAACCCAUACAAAAGGGACUUAUUCCUCUCUCACACAUUGCCUAUCACACUGGAUAUGCAUUUACCCCCAGCUGUGACUUGCCUUCUUUCCUGAGACGGACUGUGGACUGUCUGUUUCAAGAGCUUGACAAACUCUUGAUAGGAAGGAAUCCCACACAACACGAGGGUCCACUACACAGCACGGUAACUUCCUCUGUCCGCCUACCUCGCCGACCUGUACCAAGAGCCACAGGAAGACAGAACAGUUCCCCCUCAUUGUCCUCACAGAACAACGAGGAUGACACUGAAGCUGUCGCCUACAGGGAGUUCCUAAAAGAUAUAGUGUACAACAGCAUUUGUACUCAGAUGAUUGACUUGCCAGAUUCUGUCCGACAGUCCCUGCUAGGAAACAGCAAGAAAUGGAUGGACUUCUACCUUAAUCGUUGCAUGGUCAGCUUCGAAGAGGUUUGCGUGUCAAACUUAAUAGUUAAGUAUACAAUUCACCUUUUAGACAAAAUUCUUAAAACAAUGAAGCCAUAUAAUGGUAUCAGAUACAUACACUGUUGUCCGACCGGAAGCAUGCUGAAAGGAACAAAAGUUGGGGCUGCAAAUCAAAGUGACUAUUUCUUUGUAUUCCAGUGUACACAAUUUGGACUGUCGUCUGCUGUUGACCAUAGUGUAAAUUCAGAUAUUCCACCAGGUAAACUUGUGUUAAUUGUUGCUGAAAGUGGAGAUAAUGAAGAUGACCCAUCAAAGCUUCUUAAACAAUUUCAAAGUAGAAAUUGCAUUUCCCCUCAAGAAUUCCUUAACUCAGUGUGUGAACUGACUGAUAUCGCAGUCCAGAAACUGUAUAAAGAGGGCAGACCAAUGAUUGACCGUUUACCUUUCCGAAUUCAGAGGAUCACUAGCCCCGGCUUAAACCUGUCUCUUGAUACAAGGAACGUCAUGGGAUUCCGUAACCCUGACAUCAGAAUCCAGCUGAUUCCCUCCCUAUUGUUAAGUUCAAACAAGUGGAUAAACCCAGUGAAUCUGUAUGCUGUACCCUCUUGGUCAAAUGUAGACUUUAAACGUAAAGUAACCCCAAGAGAUCGAUAUAGCACACAACCAAUACAAACAACAACUCAUGAUUUAUUCUGGAGUAUGUCUUUUGGCGAGUUAGAACAUUUAUUUUUCAACAAGGUGGACCAGAAAUGUUAUUAUCAUGGGGUCUUUGGAUGCCAUAGAAUCGUUAUUCAGAUUUUGAAAUUUUUGUUUUCUCCCCAGUCCAAAAAGACAUUGCUUAGCAGGGGAGAGGUGACAUCGUAUAUGAUAGAGACUAUUGUGAGUUACAUGUUAGUAGAGAGUAAGGCUGAUCAGUGGGGGAUAGAUAGCCUCUCUGACCGUGUAUCGGAUGCUAUAAACUUUCUAAGGAGAGCCCUCCAAAAUGGCCGCCUUCCCAGCUUCUUCAUCAACAACCCACAUCUCGCUGGCGAGUCUGAAUUUCUGAAACAAAUCAAACUUUUGUCUCCUGGCAGACAAGAGAACCUGCUAGGAAAUGUUAGCACAGACACACUGGGUAAAAUGCUGAACUUUGUCAACAGCAGGUUAGCGGAAUAUGAUCUCGAAAACUGUGUCAAAUCAGAGUACUCAGAUGACAUGUGGGAAUAUGAAUAUUUUGUUUAUUUGUGAUAAAGCUUAAAAAAGGAUGUUUUUAAAUACUUUUGGCUGCUAUUUUUGCACAAGAUCUGAUAUUAAUUUAUUGCAUUUCUUGCCUUUGUGUUCAUUCUUGUCAAGACUAUAUUUGUUAUUAAUCUCAAUGUAUUUAAAUUAAAUAAUAAAACUACA